AUGGCGGCGAUGAAGCACUUGCUCCGGUACGUGGCUGGCACGAUUGACUACGGCUUGGCGUACACCAGCAACGCCGAGCUCAACCUCGUCGGCUACAACGACAGUGACAUGGCCGGCGAUGUCGACGACCGGAAGAGUUCGAGCGGCAUCCUCUACUUCCUAGACGGCAACCCGGUAGCGUGGCAGUCGCAGAAGCAGCGCGUGGUGGCAUUGUCUUCGUGCGAAGCAGAGUAUAUCGCCGGGGCAGCAGCAGCUUGCCAGGGUGUCUGGCUCCGGCGGCUGCUGCAGGACGUGGUGGGCGCCGGCGUGUCUCCACCUCAACUCAAGAUGGACAACCAGUCCGCGAUCGCCCUCAGCAAGAAUCCGCAAGGAAAACAGAAAACGCGGUGGUUUUUUUGGCCGCACCAAAAUCCAGUCUCGUGUGUGUGUGCGCUUCUGCGUGUUUUGCCAGUUCGCGGCUUCGUCUUCCUCGACUCCGGCGACCGGCCCAACCCCGGCGAGGGUUGGAACAUCGAGGGGUUCUGGAGGACUUCCUGCUACCACCUAGAGGAGGAUGCUCCCAAGAAAAAGAAUGAAGACAAAGAGAUUGAAAGAUUUUCUGAUAGGAAACGCAAGACACAUAACAAACGUGAAGCUGUUGCAUCAUAUCUCAAACUAACACCUUCAAAUUUCCCUGCUGAACUAGUACAAGGUUCUAGAAGGGGGCAAGUAAGCAACAAGAAACUCCGCUGGGAUAAAGAUUCAGAUGAGCAUGCUUUUGAAGUGUUUGAGAAGCUUGAAGAGAAACACAAGGAAGGUGAUUUCGGUGAAAGAAAGGUGGCCGAUUCAAAAUAAACCAAAAGAUGCACAGAGUUGGAAUCGGCCGAUGGAGCUCGUCCGAUGGACCAGAGGAAUAUUCUGCGAAGAUGCUGAUCCGCCAGCUCUGGUGCUCGGCCGAUGGGAAGUUGCCGAUGAA